GUAUUGAGAAGCGGGCAACCCCAAUUCGACUUGAUAUCUUUGAAAGACCUCCAGAAAGUUGAGGCCGCCCAAAUGGUGUUGCGCGGAAGGCCAUUCCUGCUUAGAGUCCUGCACAGGGCUGGGUUUACACACGAAGAGCAUCGCAGCAAAUAACAACUGCAAGACUUAUGGCACCGCGCAGGUUGUGGGCGCUGCAAGUAUCCACGCUGGGCGGGAAAGGGAGACUGGAAAGCACGACCGAGCCGAGAUGAUUGGUUUGUCGGAGCGUGGUGAUGAUGGUCCCCCAUUCAACCGCUUCCACGAACUGCCGAUGGAAUUGCAAUUCACCGUCUGCGGCUCCGUCCUAUGCGCCGAAGGACACACUCCCUCUACUCGCCAUCCAUACGCUAUUCGACACUUCGACUACCAAAUGCCGUCUAUUGUCAAAGUCAACCAUGGACUUCGUGGGCAUACGUUGAACCUCUACCAUCUGACACACAUCUUCGAACUCGAGAAUGGCAGCAGCUACUCUGCACUUCGGUUUGAACGGUGGUUCACGAAAACGUCAAACGAAGCUCUAGCUUACUUCCGCAGAAUCAAGCUGACAAAGGCUUUCACGAAAGUAUGCCCGGACAGAAACUUCUGCGUGGCGUCUGUGCUCUUGACGUUCAACCUCAAGCUAAGGACGGUCGAUGGCAAGGUUGUUACCUGGGACGUCGGCUGUCGAGCUGGUGACGCAUGGAUCAAGAAGGUGACGGAUUUAGCGCGGGUUCGGCCGGAGGGCAGCGGCGGUGCGAUGCUUACGAAGGAGAGAUUGAGGGAAUUGUGGGAGCUUUGCUAAACCGGCUGAGUUUAGCAUCGGUUAGGAGAACUGGUGUUUAGGUGUCUUCGGGGCGGUAAUGUCAGGUGGCCGGUCAUCUCUUCCUUUCGCCGGUGACUGGG